ACAAUUCAACCAUGUACCCUUCUCUCAGAAACCGAAAGCAUGGUUUUAUUUAAGCAAUUAGCAUCACUUUCAACACUCCUCACCCUAUUCUUUCUUCACCUUCUCUUAGUAGAUUCCCAAAUCCUUGAAACUCCAUCACCACCACCCGAUCCAACCUCACUGGUCCCCAACAUUUUAAACUUCAUAGACCAGAGGCUCGCACAGGUCUUCCCAAUCAUCCAAACCUUCAAGAACACAAUAACCUCAGACCCUCGUGGAGUAACAUCAACAUGGGUUGGUCCAAACAUAUGCAACUACACAGGCUUCUAUUGCGACAACCCACCGGACAACCUCACUGCCACAACCAUCGCCUCGAUCGACUUCAACGGCUUUCAGCUCACCGCUCCAACCCUAGAUGGCUUCAUCGACCAACUCCCUGACCUGGCUCUCUUCCAUGCAAACUCCAACAAAUUUUCCGGCAUCGUUUCGCCAAAAAUUGCAGGACUCAAGUUCCUCUACGAGCUCGAUUUGAGCAACAACUUGUUCUCUGGGGCGUUCCCCACAUCGGUCCUCAACAUCCCAACCUUAUCCUUCUUGGACAUUAGGUUCAACUCCUUCAGCGGCACAUUGCCCCCACAAAUUUUCAUGCAAACCUUAGACGUUCUUUUCCUCAACGACAACAAUUUCAUGCUGACACUUCCCAACAACCUAGGCAACGCCCCAGUUGUUUAUCUAACAUUAGCCAACAACAAAUUCACCGGCCCCAUUCCACGUAGCAUUGGCAAAGCCUCGUCCACGUUGAUCGAAGUGUUACUAUUGAACAACCUUUUAACAGGUUGUCUUCCUUAUGAAAUUGGUUUCUUGAAAAAUCUCACAUUGUUUGAUGUUGGUGGGAACCUCUUAACUGGUCCAAUUCCAUGGUCAUUUGGGUGCUUGAAGAAAGUGGAGCAGCUUAACCUAGCUAGGAACUUCUUGUACGGACAGGUUCCGGAAGUGGUGUGUGCGUUGGGGAAUUUGGCGAACUUUUCGUUGUCUUAUAAUUAUUUUACUAAAGUGGGACCAUUGUGUAUGAUGCUGAUUCAAAGGGGUGUUCUUGAUGUGAGGAAGAACUGCAUUUUCGGGCUUCCGGAUCAGAGAUCGGUGAGGGAGUGCAUGGCAUUCUUUUUGAUUCCUAGGUCUUGUUCGCACCCUGCGUUGUUUAACUUCGUACCGUGUCAGAUUCAACAUCAUUGGACCAAACCGCAAGAGAGAACUAAGUCUAAGAGGCAUUUGCUGUCAUAUUCUGCUCUUUCCAGAAAUAGAGUAGUUUUGUAACUAAGGAUUGUGAAGUCUGGACUGAGGUAUAUAUACUUUGAUUUACAUGCAUACACAGAAUAUAACGAGUGAAGUUGUGUUUAUGAUAAAUUUUUUUACUCAUCUUUUCACAUUUUUUUUCUUUUUAUAUCUCUGCUAAAUUAGAAGAAAGUUGUGAAAAAUUGUUCUGAAGGAUUUCUGGUGAAGUACAGCACGUGCAAAUUGAUUACUGUAAUAAUAAAAAUCUCAGGAGAUGAUGUUGUGUGUAA